UUGCAACGAGGUGUUUUUGAAAGCAUUGAAGGAUGUCUAAGCACUGGAAAAGAGGCGAAUAUCUACCAUGCAAAAACAGAAAGCGGUAAAAGCAUUGCUGUCAAAGUUUAUAAAACAAGCAUACUUAUAUUUCGAGACCGCGACAGAUACGUCACUGGCGAAUACAGGUGCUUUUAUUUACUUUUCUUAAUGUUUACUUUUAAGACCACUUUAUCCUUUCGUAGUUGUGUUUCACCGAUGGAGUCAGCAGCAUAUCGGCAUGGUUAUUGUAAGGGUAAUCCGAGAAAAAUGGUCACAGUUUGGGCUGAAAAAGAAAUGCGGAAUCUAUCUCGCAUGCAUUCUGCUGGACUUCCAGUACCCGAACCCAAAAUUGUCAAACAGAAUGUUUUGUCUGUGGAGCACGCGCAUCCACAUUCGUUGGAAUUCCUUCGUUCCGAUUGCUCUAACAUCACACGGUUUUUCCGAAGCAAAGGAGUAUGUUUCAUUUUCUAGGG